AUGACCAGCAUUUCUCACCCCACGCUUGGAUUCCUCAGGUCAUUUUACUCUCCACACGAGGGAUUUCCAGAAUUUCCAACGUGGACCGACGACAAAAGCAGUAAGCAGUGGUUGCCACGAAAAGCAAAGCUUGAGGGAUUCCCCCAUCUCCUGCCAGCCACAAUCGAUGAUGGUGUUCACUGGGAAGAUGCAAAGGCCUGGGAAGACGCUCUUGAGAUGGAAACUGUGAAGAGGCCGAGCAACAUACAGGGAUUUGACGAGGUUUCUAUGCUAGAUACCCUGCUUUCCUCUAUUCUACCGUCUAAGGUUGCGAGUGAUAAUCUGCAGUGUUUAAUCCCCCUGGAGGAAUAUCUUUUAAGAUCAGGGAUAAAGCUUAGAAGCUCAUUCCUAAAUUAUUGGCGCAACUCUAAUGAUAGACAUAAACGUGAAAAGACGAUAUUGGAUGUAAAGUAUACUAAAGUUAUUAGGAAGUUUGCUUUGCGGUUAGGCUCUCUAUCUAGAUAUUGUGCUUAUAGUAAGAGAUGA